AGCUCCCUGGGGUUCUGGCCAGGCUUCUGUGGGCUCACGGCCUUCUGCCCCAUAAGCUGUGGGAAAGGCUCCAGCCUGCUGGGCUCCGGCAUCUUCAGCAUCUUAUGGACAUGAGGACAUCUCAGGCACCUGCUUUUGCAAGGAAGACAUCCUUCCACUAAGCCCGGCAGGAUCAAGGAUCAAUCAAAAGAUGACAUGCUGAGGGCCAGAUUCACAACUCCUGCAUCCAUAAGAAUAACCAUACCUGCAGCUUCUGACACCACAUUUUGCUGGCCAGUUUGAGCCAAACACCUCCUUCAGAAAUGUUAGCCCGCCUCGGUUUUAGCAGUGACAAAGAAAGGCUGCUGAAGGCCUGCCAGAAUCUGUAUGAAUUAGUGUACAUUUAUGUCUCUUCAACUAAUGCAAUAUUCCAGAUCCUCAAUCACCAUCUUGGCACCAACUUCCCCAUCAUGACAGUAAAAGAAAACUUCAGCAUUAAAGAGAACCUGCAGCUCCUGGUCAGUGCUUUAAAAGAGAUGCAAGCCACAAUGGAAACAAGAGACAGAGAUGUACAGGAAAGCAUGAAGCAAAGCUUGUAUGCUAAAAUUACCGGUCGCAUCAUCUCUCUACAGGAAAAAAUGGCUGCAGUAAAAGAUAUCUAUGAUCAUUAUAAGGGGAUCAUAGGAAGUAUCUUGGGCGCACUGGUUGCAGUGUUGUUAAAACAUGAUAAUUUCCCCGGCACAGUUGAGUCUGCUAUAGAGCAGUUACUGAGUUCACCUGCUUUAUCCCUCCAUGUAUCAGAACUUCUCAUGGACUAUGCUGAUAUCAUUAAGAUGCUGCAGCAGAAUGGGACAUCAAGUACUACAGAAGACAGCUCCUCCUCAGGUGAAACGUCAGAACAGCUCAGGCUUCGUUCUGUAUCCUCCAACUCUUCACUCUUUGCUUUCAUACAGACCCUCCUCCGAGGACAUAGGUCCGUAAAGAAAAGCCUGAAAGUAGCAGCUGACAGCUUAGAGGAGGCUUUCAGGGUGCUGAGGCCGCCGUGUGAAGCGUUCCAGAUAUUUGUUAAAAUGAUUGAAAACUGCAUUCCAGCAAUAACAGAAAAGUUGCAAGAGACACAAAUGUGCCAACAUGUUAGAAGUCCACCUUGAUUCCUUUAACUUUCACAUAGGAAGGAGUUCAAGCAAGCUUGAACACACACAUUCAAGAUGUACCUGUGACAGCUGUUUCUAAUCUUCCCAGUCGUUUUUGAAAUGUGUACUUAGUGUCUCUGAGCAGUUAGAAAUAAUAAUAAAGUUCUGUCAAUCAAUUA